ACACUUUCCUAAGUUGCAGUGAAGCAUGGGAUUCAACAACUGAAAUUGAUACCAUCAGAAUCAGCUCUAGGAAGAGAAUCAGAAAAGAGAUUGGGAAGUUUGGUAGAAAUAUAAAACAGAGACUUUGUUGUGCUUUGUUUGAUGAAGAGGUUCUUCGGGUGCAAGCUGUAGCAACUCCAGAAAUAUCCUUAGAAAAUUGCACCCCGGGCUUUCAUGCUGAAUCAGUUUGAGGGCUCUAGGAAGCUGGCCUUCAAUAGCUUCCCAAGCAGCCAUGAGGAUCCUCAACUGGAACUAUAGGGGGCUGGGCAACCCCCCUAUAGUUCUACAAUGCCAAAAAAAGGCCCAGGAGCACAAGCCAGACAUAAUAUUUCUAAUGGAGACAAAGUUGGUUCAGAAAAAAGGCAGAGAUAUUUUGGAAAAAUGUGGGUUUAGUAAUGGUUGGGAAUUUCCAAGGGAAGGUCUGAGUGGUGGUAUACUUCUUGGCUGGUACCAAAAUGUGAAGCUCAACAUCCAAUAUGGCUCCAAGCACUUAAUCCAUGUUGAUCUCUUUGACCACAAAGGUAUCAAACAGCUUUCAGUCAAAGGCAAAACACCAGACCAAGUGAGAAGCAGACCUUGCAAAGAAUUCCUCACCAAAACUGGCAGAUUCUCAUCAAAGUGGCAGCUAGCAGAAAUAGGAAAACUAAGAGAUUUGGCUUUGCUUUUGAAGCUACUUCUAUGGCAGGGGUCACUAUCUUCAGAGGUGCAGCAAACAAUGGUAGACAAUCAAUAUAUAUGGUGACUCAGGAGGCAAUGGUGGAAGCAAUUUUCAAAGCCAAAAGAUCAUGGUUUUAGCAAAAUACUUUUUGUGCAACCAUAAAAAGCUAGUCCAAAUCUGCAACCUGUACAGCAAACCCUCAUGGCAAGAUCAAGCUCUCCUUGCUGACCUUUGGCAAUUGAAGCAACAAAGCUUGUGUAUAUUGGUCCUUUUUGUUCCUAAACUAGUCAUGACGAAUGUACUUCACAUAGCCUCUGUAGCUGCUAAUUGUCUUGGUCUUUUUGUAUCCUAAACUAGUCUGCUAAAGCUUAAAACUUUGUUUUCUCCUUAGUUUAUUUAAUGUUAUGCAGCUGGUAUAAAAAAAAAA